GUUUUACCCUCCUCCACCCACCCUCGUUUCUCCCAAUGCUCUCUACUCGAGCUGUAGGCCUUGGGCCUUCAUUGCGACAGGCAGCUUUUGCUCCUGCACGAACCCAUGCGUUAGCCUUAUCCAGACCUGCCAUUCGAAUGGCCUUGACAAAACGCGCCAUACAAACAGAAUCUCACCCACCUUCAGCCGCGAUGGAAAUCCUCAAUAAACAACGUCUAAAACGACCUUCGAGUCCGCAUUUUACGAUCUACGAACCUCAGCUUACAUGGAUAGGGUCGAUCUUCAAUCGUGCCACCGGUGGAGCGUUGAGUGCUCUGCUUUACAGCUUCUCGCUAGCCUAUCUCUUCUUUCCAGGAACCUUCGACAGCGCCCACAUCAUCGAAUUCGUAGCGGGAUUACCUGAAGGCGUCAAGUAUGCUGGAAAAGCCCUCCUGGCUGCGCCGUUUGCAUUCCAUUCGUUUAAUGGGAUAAGGCACUUGUUGUGGGAUUCUGGAAAGUUCUUAACGCUCAAAGGAGCAUAUAGCUCUGGUUACGCUGUGUUGGGAGCUACGGCCGUUGGUACUGCUUACUUGGCGUUUGCUAUGUAGACACCUCUUCCACCCCCCUCCCCACCCUUUCCGUACCUUGUGUGUAGUCGGUAAACCAGUAUUGGGAAUGUACUUAUCAUUGAAACCUUUCAAAUAAUUUGUCUGGAGAGAAGUGUGCUUUCGCCC